AUGAGAAUGACCAAUAGUCAGUCUGUUAAGGUAAUUUUGUAAAAGUAAUGAAGAAUGCCAUAAAUCUUGUAGAAGUUGUUCAGGAUCAGGUGCUAAUGAUUGUUUAAGUUGUUAUAAUACCUUUGAAAUACAAAAUGGAAACUGUGUAUGCAACUUAGGUUAUUAUUAUGAUUAUGACAAUAUGGAAUGUAGAUGUAUUAAAUUAUUAUAAAAUCAGAAUGUCAUUAUAGUUGUGA